UGGUGUGGAUGGGUGGUUUGGUUGACUGUGCGGGCUGUGCCAGAGACCGGAGUUAUUAAACCGUGGUGAUUUAACGAGUUAUAAUUCAGAACGAUGUCGCCUGAUGAGCUGGUGUACUUGGGAAUUCUUGCUGCCUCCAUCCCUGUUGGAUUCCUCUUCCGUUACCUCAGUCCUCCUGUGAAGCAGGGGGCGGGUCUUCUUCUGGGCCUCUCUAUCGCCAUCGCCACUUGUCACAUCCACACCCUCCAUUCUCUUGUGACGAUUAUUGGAAUAUGGAUUAUUAUAAAGAGCAGCUGGCGGCAUGCCCCAGCAUUAAGUCUCACCUGGACCUUUCUCUACCUCCUCUUCUUCCGUCUUGUCACUUGGUUCGGUCUGCCCCCACCGACACCUUUUGCCAACGCCAUUCAGCUGCUUCUCACUCUCAAGAUGGUGAGCUUAGCGAACGAGGUUCGCAGCUUCCACAUGGAGAAGAAAAAUGAAGUGAGCUCUUUUGCCAAGUCUCCCGUCAUCGGUGGUCUGUCUCAGGAGCCCUCCCUCUACGAUAUUCUGUCCUAUAGCUACUGUUAUGCGGGUAUAAUGACCGGUCCGUUCUUUCGCUUCCAAACGUACAUUGACUGGCUGAGGCAGCCGAGCCCUCAGGAUCUGCCCGGCUUGGUGCCGUGUCUGCAGCGUUUAAAGAUGGUUCCUGUGUACGCUGCUUUGUUCCUGGGUGUCAACUCUGUCUUCCCACUGGCCUACGUUCGCACAGAGGAGUUUCUGGACCAAAACCUUUUCUUUAGGAUUUUCUACAUGGUAGCAGUGUUCUUCGUGUUUAGGAUGCGUUUCUAUGCAGCGUGGUGUGGAGCGGAGGCUGGUUGUAUCAGUGCAGGUCUGGGCUGCUAUCCUGAAAAGGCGCUUUCUAAACCUGGAGGAGGACCCACCGUCACCUACAGUACUGAUCCAAGCACUGAAGAGAAGUAUGACUUCAAAACCAUCCAGAACAUCGACUGCUACAACACAGACUUCUGUGUGAAGGUCCGCCAUGGCAUGCGUUACUGGAACAUGACGGUGCAGUGGUGGCUGCAUCACUACAUCUACCCUAACGCCCCCUUCAAAGCCUACGCUCUCAGGGCUGGCUGGACCAUGUUCAUCAGCGCCUACUGGCAUGGACUACAUGCCGGUUACUACCUCUCCUUCCUCACCAUCCCCCUGUGCAUCGCUGCCGAGUCGGCCAUGGAGGCCUCUGUCCGGUCUAAACUGGGUCCUUCCGGUCAGAACAUCUUCGACUGGGUCCACUGGUUCUUGAAGAUGAGGGCCUACGACUACAUGUGCAUGGGCUUCGUGCUGCUGAAGGCCUCUGACACCAUCGACUACUGGAUGUCCAUCUACUUCAUCAUGCACAUCAUCGCCGUUUGCUGUAUCUUAGUUGGCUGGGUUCUAAAGGGAGGGAAACGGGAAGGAAGGAGAGGGGACAAGGAGGAGAAAAGAGAGGGAGAGAAGAUAGAAAACUUGAAAACUGGGGAAAAGAAUGACUGAAAGGAGGAACAGAAAAGGUACUUUUUUGGGACAUGAGUUAUUUCAAGAUUAGAAUUUAUAAACAUAAAUGGCACCAACACUCAUCUUCUUAUAAAUAAACAUCACACAGGUUCAAUAAGAUUCAUUGUGGGAAAAUGUGAAAUUUAUUAAAAAUGUGAGAUAAAUCAGACAAAAAUGCAACAAAAGAAAUCUGGUAAAAGACAUUCCAUAUAUGCACAUUUACAUGAAAGUACUGUGAAUACUGGGAGAGGAAUGCUUGAGCGCAAUGAAUGUUACUUUUAUAGUGUGAGUGGCAACUUGGGGUGUAGUUAAUAGUUAAGAAGCAUCUACCUGUAAGGUAUGUGUGCUUUUAUUUCACAAUACCUUCCCCAGUUUAAAGUGUUAAAGUGAACUACAUUACCGGUCAAAAUGAGGUUGUUGAAAUGUCAAGAUGCUGCUUUGAAAACAGGAAGUAGCAUUUUUCAAACAAUAAUAAGCCAAAUCUUUGCAAUGGGCUUAAAAUAUUUAAAAUAGAAUGUGAUUUAAUUGAGUUUCCAUAAAUUAACAUUCCAGCAGCGCUCAGUAUUAUGUUAUAGUCAAUUAUACUGGAGUACAGAAUGGAUAGAUUGUGACAUGAUGGUGUCAUCAUCAGGAAUCAGAUGUCAUUUUUGUGUGUUUUCAAAUUUCAAGUUACAAAAUAUUUCUGCUGCCAUUUGGCAUCUUAAAUCAGAUCUUUGACUGUUUCUGACCACAGUAAACAGUCUUAAGUAGAAUUGUGUUUUUGUGAUGUUAACUGCUAAGAAAGUACAAUGUAAAACUUACUGUGCACGGUCUAGAGUACAUUUGUAUUGCUGUCUAAUUACAUUAGGACUUCUUUACGUGUUUUAGAUUUUGUUUUCCACCAUUAUAUUGUUCCUCAUUUUAUUUCAGUGCUUUGGUUUACACCCUUAACCGGUUGAAUCCAAGAUGUCUCCGUUUGUUUCUGUUGUUCUGCCUGUAACUGUGAACAUAUCAGGAACAUCUGCACUGUCGGCUCUAUAGCACUGUUGUAUAUGAGUGUGCCAUGUGUAAGAUAGCAACAGUCCGUUCACUGCCAAAAUGUCUGUACUGCCAUCAACGAGCAUUCAGGGUUGGGACCAAACAUUAGAUACAAAACGUUGGAAGUUUCACAUCUACAACUAUAAGCUGCCAAUGUAAUUCACGAAUAACAGCACAGCUAGGGCCGGGCGAUACGGUUGAAAUCAUUGUCACAAUGUUGAUCAAGCUAUUUUCCAAACUUGAUAUAGUCAUAAUAUAAAAAAACAAGUGUUUAUUCAUAAAAUAACUAAACAGAUGUUCAAUAAACAGUCUCUAUGUUAUGCAUCACAUUUAACCAAACUUGUUUUUUAAUUAGAGCUUGAUCUGAAACUUUUAUUCGGACAGCAUAAAUAUCUGCAAAGAUAUUAUGUGAUCAUAUCGAUCAUAUGCCUCCGCUGAAAGUUGAUAAAUUAUAUUGAAUUAUCGCCCGGCCCUUAACCGUGAAUAACUGAACAGUUGGUAAACACGCUGAGAGUUCUUUCACUCACUCCCGUCUGAAAUUGUGCGAUAUCUCCACUGUGUCUGUGUUUUAUACGAGCAUGACUGACAGCAGAAUUAAUAGGUCUUAUCUCCCAAUGUGUUUUGUUCUCCACACGUUACCUCAAACUGAGAUAAUUUGAAUUAUACAUUUAUAUUGUGUCAUGCUUUCUGCCCCCGUGCCAAAACUCAACCCUUGUAUAAAUGAUUCCCUUUGUUUUCAUUAUUGCACAGUGAUGAUUGUGACUUGUGCUCUUCUCCACACUAUUUAUUUUUCAGCCUUUUUAGCUUCACUCACUGCACCAACUGUACACUCCCUGCUCUGUAACAGUGUUGUUGAAUACAUAUCGGCAU